AUGAACGGCGGCGAUUGCACAAAAAGGCCGGGUGCAGGCUUCGCUUUUAAGCCCAGGAACACCCUCUCAUUCCCCAACACGCCCAGCUCUCUCGACACCUCAAGUACCGAAUCGGCUCUUGUCCGCCAGAAAAUCGAGGCCAUGGUCAAGGAACGGGCGCCGCCAAAGGGGCCCUCGCCCUUGCAGCCUGCUCCAGCUGCCCGAGCCAACGAGUCGCAGCGAGAGAGAUCUCCAGACGAAGACUUCGACAUUACCGCCGCUGUCAGGGACUUGUCGUCCGUCAAGGGCAAGUAUCGCGGCGGCCCGGCCGAUGGCGCUGGCUCCUCUGCCCUGACAAGCCAUCCGACAUUUGGACAUCCCACCAAGAUGGUCUCCUCUCUUAAGCAGAAGGCAGACGUCUUCAUCCACCAAAAGACCCGUCCCGAACACCAUCUCGGAACAAAGAUCUCGGGACCGCGACCCCCUACCUACCACGACCGAAGGCCCCCGCCCAUGCCCACCUUCAGCUCGAACACACACGUCGCCGCGCCGUCCUAUCAAGGCGACGAGGUCUUCUAUACCGAUCCUACCAAAGCAAAUGCCGACCUCAAGGCACUGCUCGAGGGCGGCCUGGACGAGGAAGAAGAGCAAGACGAUGGCGAGAAGCCUGUUGUGGUGCUGGAGGCUGAUAAGAAUCCUGACUCGACCCAGCCACAACAAGAGAAAACGGAACAGAAAAGGGACGUCGUGGUCGGCAAGGAUGGCAUAGUCGACGGCCUCAAGGUCAGGCUGCUGCCUCACCAGGUCGAGGGCGUCAACUGGAUGCGUGGCCGUGAGCUGGGCCCGGUCAAGCGAGGCACCGUCCCCAAAGGAGGGCUACUCGCCGAUGACAUGGGCUUGGGCAAGACGCUGCAAUCCAUCUCCCUGAUGCUGAAGAACCAAAAGCCCACGACGGACGAAAAGGGUUGGAAGAAACACUUUGGGGGCCUCGAAAAGACGACUCUCGUGGUUGCCCCCCUGGCGCUCAUCAGGCAGUGGGAGCACGAGAUACGGGACAAGGUCGCCAAGUCUCACGGACUCAAGGUCCUUGUUCACCAUGGUCCUCAGCGCACCAAGAACUCCAAAGACCUGGCCCUGUACGAUGUCGUCAUCACGACAUAUCAGAUCCUCGUGUCCGAGCAUGGCAACUCGUCAGAGAACAAGGGGGCGGGUUGCUUUGGUCUCCACUGGUGGCGCGUCGUCCUGGACGAGGCACACACCGUCAAGAACCGCAACGCAAAGGCCACCAAAGCCUGCUACGCUCUGCGCUCCGAGUAUCGCUGGUGUCUCUCGGGAACGCCAAUGCAAAACAAUCUCGACGAAUUGCAGUCUCUCGUCCGGUUCCUGCGCAUCAGGCCGUACGAUGACCUGAAGCAGUGGAAGGAGCACAUUGACCUGCCCAUGAAGAACGGCAAAGGCCACAUCGCCAUCCGGCGCCUUCACUCCAUCCUGCGUUGCUUCAUGAAGAGACGAACCAAGGAAAUUCUCAAGGAAGAGGGCGCCCUGCAUCCUGGCGGCGAGCCCCCGGCCGAUGGAACGGCCACUGCGACUGAGUUCAGACAUACAGAGCGCAACGUCGUCACCGUCUCAACAAAACUACCCCCCGCUGAGCGCAACUUCUACAAUCGCCUGGAAGAGCGCGCGGACAAGAGCAUGGAGCUCAUGAUGAAGAACAAGAUUAGCUACGCGAACGCGUUCACCCUGCUUCUGCGUCUGCGACAGGCGUGCAACCAUCCCAAGCUGGUGGAAGGGAAGUUGGGCGAGGACAAGGAUGCACUGUCGACGGGCUCCAGCCAGAAGAAGCAGGAUGCAGACAUCGACGCCGUGGCGGAUAUGUUUGCUGGCAUGGGCAUCGUGUCCAAAAGCUGCAGCAUCUGCGGCAAAGACUUGACCAGCGUGGACGUUGAGAUUGGCAGGGAAAACUGUUCCGAAUGCCACGAUGAUCUAGAGUACUUCAAGCAUCAUGGUCGUCCAGAGAAGGACAAGAAGAAGAAGAAGAAGAAGAAGAAGAAGAGGAAGAGUCAAAAGCAGGUGUCUCCACUAAAAUCAGAAGCUGAUGCAGGCGAGAGAAAGUUGAAGACGAAAGAGAAAGAGGAUAACGAGCAAGACGUCGAGCCAGCGGCGGAAGCGCAGCAGAAGCAGGCCCCGCGCCGCCCGCGGAACCGCAACGCCAUUAUCGACAGCGAUGAUGAGGACGAGGAAGCCGAGGGCAGCUGGCUGGUGCCAGAAGGCGAACGAGGGGACUUGCAUCUGGGCAAGGCUGGCGGCGAGGAGGACGAAAACGCCGAGGGAGGGGGCGACUGGAUCGGUUCGGAGGACUCGGCCGACGACACGGUCGAUGACCGGGACCAGAGCAAUCUGAGCGGCUUUGUCGUCGAUGACGAGACGGCCCAGGAGGAGCCGGGUUAUAAGUCCGUGGCCGAGGCGUCCGAGGACGAAGACUCACUCUUGUCCGUGUCUGCCAUUACGCAGAAGAUGGCAGCCCAGACGCUUGACGAGGUCAAGCCCGCCACGUCGCAUGCCUCUGCGUCCGACUGCGCCAAAUCCGAAGCCUCAGGAUCCGAGGCUGACGGGACAGAAGUCUACUCGGGCUCGGACCAGGACUCGGCAUCAGACUCGGACGACGAGCUGUACUCUGCGGGUGCCACGCCACUCUUUGCAUCGGCCAAGAUUCGCGAGAUCACCAGGCUCUUGCAGGCAGAGGCCCACGAGCACAAGUUCAUCGUCUUCUCCCAGUUCACGUCCAUGCUGGACCUGGUGGAGCCGUUCCUGCACAAGGAGCGCUUCCGCUUCCGGCGCUACGACGGGAGCAUGAAGAACGAUGAGCGUGAGGAGAGCCUGCGGCGGCUGCGCGAGGACAAGAGCGUCAGGGUCCUCCUGUGCAGCCUCAAGUGCGGCAGCUUGGGCUUGAACCUGACGGCGGCGACGAGGGUCAUCAUUGUCGAGCCGUUUUGGAAUCCGUUUGUCGAGGAACAGGCCAUUGACCGCGUCCACCGCCUCAACCAAACCGUCGACGUGACCGUCUACAAGCUCACCGUGUCCGAGACUGUCGAGGAGCGCAUCAUCGAUUUGCAGGAGAAGAAGCGCCUGCUGGCCGAGCAGACCAUCGAGGGCGGCGCCAAGAAGAAGGCCGUCAACCUCGGCCUCAAGGAAAUCAUCGACCUCUUCAGGCCCGGCGGCCACCACGGCGUCGUCGACGAGCGGCCGUGGGAGGACGGUGGCGAGGCCGCCGACGAGCGCGACAGGGCCCGCCAGUCGAUGAAUAUGCUGCGCCGCAAGCCGGCUAGGCAGGAGAAUGCCGUCUAUGGCCGGAGGUGGUGA